AUGGAGAAUACAAAGGCAAUAAAAUUCGAGGAAUUCAACCCUCAAGUGGACAAUUGGGACGUUUACAUAAAUAGACUAAAGUUUUGUUUUGAGGCUAAUGGCGUCAUUCUGGAUAGUGUUAAGCGUGCUAAUUUCUUUACGGUGUGUGGUGCUCGUGUGUUUGAGACUUUGCUGGCGCUUAUCACCCCGCGGACGGCGAAUAAUGUAACUUUUAAUGAAGUGGAAACAAUUCUUACUAGACACUAUAGCCCUAAACCAAAUGAAAUAUCCAUGUCAUAUCAGUUUUACAAACGUGACCAAAAACGUGGCGAGAAAGUUGCCGAUUAUGUCGCUGAGCUAAGAAAGAUUAGUGCAUAUUGCAAUUUUUCGGACUUAGAGCGUACGUUACGAGAUAGACUUGUGUGUGGAAUGUGCGACCAAAAGCUUCAAUAUGAUCUAUUAAAACGGGACAAUUUACGCUAUCACGACGUAGUGGAUGCUAUGUUUGCGGCUGAAAGUGCGGGACGAGAUGUACGCAUGAUCCAGACUGCUUCAAUGACUGAGCUUGGAGCGCCGUCUUCGUCGGCGACUUCGUCCGUUGUUGAGCCAAUGGACAUUAAUGUGGUCAACUCUAAACUGAACACUCGUUUUUGUUAUCGCUGUGGUGAUAAACAUCCAGGAGAAUGCCGAUUCUUAAAUGCUGUCUGUCAUUUUUGCAAGAAAAAGGGACACAUUGAAAAGAUUUGUAUCAGCAAAAAGAAGAAUGCACCAAAACAAGUUAACUUCACUUCAGAAGGAUUUGCAGAUAAUUUAAAUGGAAUUUAUUGCAUACAAGGUUUAAAGCGAGUGCCACCCUAUGAAAUAACAGUGUUAAUUGGCAAUACAUCCGUCCGUAUGCAAGUGGAUACAGGGGCUAGUUUCUCCAUAUUAAAUGAAAAGUCUUGGUCCACAAUUUGUAAGUCUUUGCCACACACCAUCCUCAGACCUGUUUCGCUGUCACUACAUACUUGGACAGAGACACCAGUCAAAAUUGUUGGACAGGCAACAUUACCUGUAACAUACAAAGAACAUAAACAAGAUCUCUCAGUUGUCAUUGCCAAGGGUUGUGGACCCAAUUUACUGGGGCGUAAUUGGUUCGAACCAUUGAACAUUACUAUGAAUGUUAAUUUUGUAUCGCACGAGGAUGAUACAAUAGAAAAUUUAUUUGACAAGUAUAAAGCGGUUUUCAAAGAGGGUCUUGGUACUUAUCGUGGACAUCCAGUGACUAUACAUCUGAAGCCAGGAGCAACUCCAAAGUUUCUCAAAGCGCGUCCAGUGCCAUUUGCUAUUAAAGAAAGAGUAGAAAAAGAAAUAGAUAGAUUAGAAAAUGAAGGAGUAUUGAGACCAACAUCAUUUGCUAACUGGGCAACACCUGUUGUACCUAUCAUAAAAAAGUCUGGUGAAAUCAGAUUAUGUGGAGACUAUCGUAGUACUGUCAAUGAGGCAACGGAGUCUGAUACCUAUCCCAUGCCUACAGCCAAUGAAGUAUUUGCCACAAUAGCAGGAGGUAAAAUUUUUACAACAUUAGACUUAGACAAGGCGUACACACAAGUGACGGUAGAUGAGAGCACUGCAAAGUUGUUAACACUGAACACAUGCAAAGGUUUAUAUACUGUACAUCGAUUGGUAUUUGGAGUUAAGGCUUGUCCAGGCAUAUUUCAACGUUUGAUGACUUCUCUAUUGGCAGGGAUACCUGGAGUAGCAAUACUGAUCGAUGACAUAAUUAUAUGUGGGUGUACUGUGCUAGAAAUGUUAAAUAGAUUAGACAUUGUGUUAGAUCGAAUAGAAAAGGCUGGCCUGCGGCUUUAUAAAAAUAAAUGCAAGUUUGCAAAAGAGAAAGUAGAAUUCUUAGGUUUUGUUAUAGAUGCUGAAGGCAUACACCCAGCAAAAAGUAAAGUUGAAUCUAUUGUAAAUACACCAGCGCCUAAAAAUAAACAAGAAUUGCAAGCAUUCUUAGGACUGUACAAUUUUUAUGAAAGAUUCAUCCGAAACAAGGCCACAUUACUGGAGCCACUACACCGGCUUUUAGACUCUAAUAACCCAUGGAAAUGGACAACAGAGCAACAAUCGGCAUUUGAUACUGCAAAAAAUCAAAUUACUUUCGAUUUGACAUUAGUACAUUAUGAUUUAAACAAACCUUUGAUUCUCACAUGCGACAGUUCUGAGUAUGGAGUUGGAGCAGUUUUGUCACACAAAUUUGAAGAUGAUCAGGAGCGACCUAUAGCCAUGGCGUCGAGAACAUUACAUGUGCAUGAACGGCGGUACUCACAACUUGAUAAGGAAGCCACCUCUAUCAUGUUCGGCAUAACUAAAUUCCAUAACUACCUUGUGGGCAGGAAUUUUUGUAUAAUUACUGAUCAUAAACCUUUGUUGGGCAUAUUUGACCCAAAAAAACCAAUGUCUAAUAUGAUUUCACCAAGAUUAACAAGGAUUGCCAUUGCUUUGUCUAUGCAUGACUAUGAUAUAACUUAUAAACCAGGCCCACAGAUUGGUAAUGCGGAUAGUUUGAGUCGUUGGCCCAGACCCGUUCCAGAAGAGCCAGAAACCCAGUUAUGUGACGUUUUGCUGAUGGCAGAAACACCCAAGGAUUUUCCAUUCCAACCUGAAGACAUUGCCAAGGCAACUAAGUUGGAUGCAACAUUGCUCCAGGUGAUUUAUUAUAUACAGAGGGGCUGGCCAGCCAAAGAAGGUAGAUCGGACCUACAUCCUUAUUGGCUGAAACGUGCAGAAUUGUCAGUACAAGAAGACUGUAUACUUUUGGGCUGUCGUGUAGUGAUUCCUGAAUCUCUACGUCAAACAACAUUGCAAAUUUUACAUAAGACACACAGUGGAAUCGUCCAAACUAAAUCUUUGGCCAGAAGUUAUGUGUGGUGGCCACGUCUCAAUGAUGACAUUGAAUCAUUAGUGAGUGGUUGUAAGACCUGUCUAGAACAUCGUCAUAUGCCCCCUAAAUCUACACAUGAAUGGAUAACACCAGUGCGGCCAUGGUCAAGAGUGCAUAUUGACUUUGCUGGACCCUUCCAAAAUAAAUAUUUUUUGAUUCUCGUAGAUGCAUAUUCUCGAUGGCCAGAAAUAUUUAUGGUAAAUAAUACAACUUCUGCUACAGUAAUUCGACAUUUAAGAUUAACAUUUGCCACCCAUGGACUAUGUGAAGUAUUAGUUUCUGAUAAUGGCACAUCUUUUGUAUCUGCAGAGAUGGAAGAUUUUCUAAGAGCUAACAAUAUUCGUCAUAUUACAACUGCUCCAUACCAUCCAGCAACUAAUGGACUGGCGGAAAGAAUGGUACAGACCGUCAAAGACAAGUUAAAAAAAUUAGAGCCUACUACAUGGGAUAUUAAAAUACCGAAUUUAUUAUUGGGAUUACGAGUGACACCUUGCACUUCGACAAAUAGAACUCCGGCAGAGCUUUUGAUGAGGAGACGUUUGCGUACUAUUCUUGAUACCAUACAUCCUGAAAAUAUAAUAGCUAAGAAAAGGGAUUACCAAAUAGAGAAUAAUAGCAAACAGAAACAUAGAGAAACUAAUGUGGGACGGAAGAUUAUGUACAGGAAUUAUAGAAAUGAAGGCCCAAGAUGGUCACCAGGAGUUGUUAUUGGUAAAAGUGGACCUUCAAGUUAUCAAAUUAGGAGAGAUAGUGAUGGAGGAGUGAUUGAUCGGCAUAUGGAUCAAGUUAUAUCUUUGAGAAAGCCUGAAGAUAAUAAUGAAAGUAAUAUGGAAAGUACAGAGACGACAUACGGAGAGACAGAGGCAAUGGAUGUUGAAACUGAAAGCAUUAUUGAGAUCCCUGAUGCAGACCAGUGGGCUGAGAUGCUAGGCAUCCCUUUUACUGCACAGCCUUUCGCUGCAGAACCUUCAUCCAAUGCAGGAAAAAUUCGAAAUAAAUUAUCCACACAGCCCAAGAUUCCCUAUCAGAGACCUAGUACCUCUUCAAGUGUUGAUUAUAUAUUGUAA